GUCAUCCUGAUAUAGUCAAGGUCGAGUAAGGUGGUGUUUUCAACUGCUGAGUUUCACGCCUGUUUUCCUAAUUAUUGAGGAUUUACUUUCGGAGUCAGCAGCCCACUAUUUUUCCUAUCCUAACUUCAGGCCAUCUAGUACUAUUCCUCAUUUAUAACCAGUAAAGACGCAAACUAACGAACGCCAGUGCAUUGAGUUGGUAUGGCUUGUGAUGUUUCGUCUUUGAAGUUGGAGUUACUCAGUGCCAAGUCGAAACUGGUUACUUAUUUGCAGAACCAUCAUAAUUUUCGACCAGUUCAGAGAGAGUUUCUUGAGUUAGUGUCCGAAUUCGAAAUAUUGAAGCUAAGAGCUCAAGAUAUAUAUGAGACAGCAAGAGAAAAGGUUAUACCUCAACUAAAGUCUGCUCAUUUUAAUCUAAAUGAGGCAGACAACCGAGUAUCCUCAUUAUCUACAAUACACCAAAAUGCUGUAUCACAACUUCAAGAACUCUUGGAUAUGCAUGAAAACUGUUCCUAUCUGCUGGAAUUGCACCAGGCCCUAAAUAACUUGGAGUCUUCAGUCAAUCAAUUGUUACACCAAUGUUCACGUCGUUCUGUUGUUGAUGAUGAAAAGAAAAAAUGGGAAGACUUAGAUGAAAAAUUACCAGAAGAUUCAAUAGGUGAUUCAGAACUUGAUGAUAAGUGUAUGGAUAUAGAUGAGGAAACCUAUCGGUUAUGUGUCGAUACUGUGAUAGAUUCACUUGAAGAAUCUGAACAUUUAUUUGCUAAACAUAAAAAGUUUAGUAAAGAUGCAGUACUUGUUUUUCAAAGCUAUCAACAAACAUUUACACGCUGCAAGAAUCGUCUUACUCAACAUGUUGAUGAUCUUUGGCGUCGAUGGAUCAUCUUAGAAGUUCCUUCAAAACGUAAAACUAUCUCUUCAAAAUUCAAUGUGACCAAUACCCAUGCCUCAACACGUGAACAAAUUCAAAUGAAUGAAUUUUUUAGUUGUUUAUUUGAUGCUUACAUACCAUCACCUAGUGAUAUGUGUAAAUCUUUAAGACAAUCGAAUUAUACAUCCGAUUCAAUGUUUUAUGAAGUUUCUAAUCAUAAAAUGCCAACUAAUCAAACAUACAAUCAAUCCACCAUUUUAGCUAGUCUCAAAAUACUGGCUAAACCUGGAUUGAUUUCUCAGUUGUUACGUAUUAUUGAAGCUUUAAAAGAGUCUAAGAGUCGUAUACUUGAAUUGGCCAAUCAAAUCUGGAAUUAUAUAUUUAAACCUUGGCUUAAAAAGGUACCAUGUGUAUCGGGACCAAAUGUUGGCUGGGCAAAGUUGAAGUGUCAAGUGAUUGAACGAUCUACAGACAUUGAAUCAGAUCAUGACGAUGAUGAUGAUGAUGAUUCAUUUAUUAAAGAAUCAACAAUGAAAGUGAUCAAUCAUCAUCAUCAUAAUGGUGAUAAUGAUGAUGAUGAUUACCAUUUGACACAAUAUUUACAUUUAACAUUGAUUGCUCCAAGGAAUACUGUACAUUCUAAUGAAAAUACUGCUCUUACUACUGGUGCCAAUGAUAGCAAUAACAACAACAACAACAACAAGAACAUGAAUGAUGAUGACAAAAACGAAGAGGAUUUAAUUACGGAUUCAUGCAAUCAACUGAUUAGAGUAUUUCAAGAAUUAUACACUUAUCUAUUUGGUUUACAAGCAAUUCAUUCGUAUCAGACUGCAAAUAAUACUCAACGUUUUAUUGAUCUCAUUGUAAAUAGUACUAACGAUAAUAAUCACAGUGUCAAUAGUAGUGGUGGUAGUGGUGACACAGGAAUGUUUGAUAAUGCAUUAGUCAAAGAUUUAAUUGAUGGACGUUUCAAUGCUGGUUUACCAUCAGCGGAAAAAUUGCAUAAAUCUGAGAUUAUUGCAACGUUGACACAAGUUGUCCUUCGUCUAAUUAGUGUUGGUCGACAUACUGGAUUUUUAACUGAUCAUAAUUAUUCCAAUACUACUACUACUACUACUACUACUACUACUACUACUGAUUGUCAACAUGGUCGUCCUACUGAUGCUGCUGAUGCUGCUGCCUCUGAUGAUACGAUUCAUUUAUCCAUGUUAGGUGGUGGAGCGACAAAACUAAAUCUAUGGAUUGAUAAUCUUUCUAUAUUAAAGCAUAAACGAUCAGCUAAUGCAAUCUUAGAAGAAUUACGUAAAUUAUUAGCUAAUCGUCAAUUAUUUUAUUCCAUGUGUCCAUCUGGUAGUUUAAUGAAAACAUGUGAAACAAAGACUACAACAACAACAACAACAGCCACUGAGAUCAAUUCAACAAAACACACCAAUUCUAAUGUUCAUGUUAAUGAUGAUAUCUUUGAUGAACAGGAUGAUUUCUUAUUAGAUGAUGAUUUCAUGGUGAAUGAUACUACUACUACUACUAAUAAUAAUAAUAAAAAAAAUGAACAAAUUCUAAUGAAAUUAUUAAAAUCCAACAGUAAUUUGAAUUGUAUUUCACGACAUUUAGAUUUAGGUCAAUUUGAAUUUCCUGAUUGUAUGGUUUCCGAAACUGUCGAUCUUGUUAUGAAACAAAUCUAUAAAAUUCUUCAUGAUUGUGAAGGUUAUCUUGAACCAUUGUUAAAUGAAGUCAGUCAAUCAUUGAAUGAUGAUACACCGAGUACAUUGGAUUCAAAAAAGGCCAAUACUAUUGCAUUUGUUGAAUUUAUCAUUGAAUUAAUUCCUCGUCUGAUAAUGCUAUUCACAUCAGUUGUACCAACUUUACAUGCGGAUGUAUUUCAAGAGGAUCUACGUUUUGCUGUUCUUUACUACAAUGACUGUAUGUAUUUAGCUCAUCAAUGUUUAACAUUAGGUGAACGUGGUCUAUACAAAUUUGUUCAGCAGUUUUUAGAUUUAGGCUAUGAUGUCAUGACUAAAGCAUUGAACAAUACUACUACUACUACUGCUACAUCAAACGAAUCAAACACAUUCAAUGAUUUAACCAUGUUGGAGAGAUCAGCUUCUUUGAGUACUUGUAUUCUGGUGCCACAUUUACGUCAGGCCGGUAUUAAUAAUUUAUUAGAUCAUUUAAGACGUGAAAGACAAGUUCUACUACGAUGUAUUGAAAGAAUACAAGGAUUUCAUAAUAUCAGUUCUUCCGCUGGUAAUCGUCAUUGUACUACGGCUAUUGAAGAUUGUUGUCGUCAUUUGCAUAAAAUCUCAGAAGCACUCAGUCCACUACCUCGUACAGUUUAUUUUCGUGCUAUGGGUAUCAUGUGUAAUUGUGUGUGUACGGAAUUAGUAAAAUCAAUCUUAAAGUUGAUUGAUAUUACCAAAUCGGAUUGUGAUAACAUUCUGAUCUUGUUGGAGUCUAUAAAAAACACUAUCGCGGAAUUUUUCAAACCUAAUGAAGUUGGACAUCAAUCAUUUACAGAAGAAUCAGUGAUGAAAUCACAGCAUAAUUUCAAUGAUAAAGAACUAUUAACACGACGUUGUCCAGAUUAUCAACGUUUAUAUGGUGUAAUUUCAGUGUUAGCUGCAUCAUCCUUAGCAGAAAUACGUGAUAUUUUAUGGAAUGAUGGCAAUGGUCAAUUAUCUACUGAAUCACAUUUAACUGCAUCGGAAUUACGUUGUUUAAUUAAAGCAUUGUAUAGUAGUUCAUCAUUUCGUGAUCAAUUUUUACAAAAACUCCAUUGAACACACACACACACACACAAUGUGCAUCAUGAUGAUGAUGAUGAUGAUGAAGAUGAAGAUGAUGACGCUUUCUUCUUUUUUCCCCUCUUUUGUUGUACUUAUCAUUUCAUAUUGUAUUUUUAUUGUUAUUGUUUGUUUGUAUAUUUAGGUUCUUGAUUAAAUAGGAAUUAUUGAUUUUUUUUAAUGGUUUUCAAGAGUUUCUAUCCAUUGUAAAUUGAUGUUAUAUUAUUUUUUGAGAAAAGAAACUGAUAUAUAU